CAAUGAUCUUACUCAGCCGGCAGCAGCGGAUCUAGCAGGGUUGGAUCGCUCCUUCUUCCUAGCGCUAAAAGCUCUCCCUCGCUGAUCUGCAAAAUGGAAGAAGAAAUUGCAGCGCUUGUCAUUGACAAUGGCUCGGGUAUGUGCAAAGCAGAAUUUGCCGGAGAUGAUGCUCCUCGUGCUGUGUUCCCCUCAAUUGUUGGGCGCCCCUGCCACCAGGGUGUCAUGGUUGGCAUGGGCCAGAAAGAUAGCUAUGUGGGGGAUCAGGCUCAAAGCAGUAGAGGUAUCUUGACUCUGAAGUACCCUAUUGAGCAUGGCAUUGUUCCCAACUGGAAUGACAUGGAAAAAAUCUGGCAUCACACUUUCUACCAUGAACUUUGUGUUGCUCCUGAGGAACACCCUGUGCUGCUCACAGAAGCCCCCCUGAAUCCCAAGGCCAACAGAGAGAAGAUGACACAGAUUAUGUUUGAGACAUUCAAUACUCCAGACAUGUAUGUGGCUAUCCCAGCGGUGUUGUCCCUGUAUGCCUCUGGCCGUACCACUGGUAUUGUAAUGGUGUUAAUGCAUUUUUUCCCGGGCAAAACCAACCGUUUGGCUGACACCCUUUCCCGCUUGCCAGAGCGGGAGGAGCGCAAGGUGGAUCCUUCGCUUUCCCGCACUAUUCUCUCCCCCUCCCACUUGGGCUUGGCUGUUACCCAGUCACAGGCGAAGGGGGAGCCCCCGCCUUCUGCAUCACCUCCCGGACACUUACUCUCCGCCUUCUUGGAGGCGGGAAAGUCCCCAGUGCCUCUUGCAGAGGGAGGCGACGGAUUGGUAUUACGUGACGGUGUUUGGUGUCGUGGCUCGCUGUUGUAUGUUCCGCCCCAUCUGCGGUCUCAAAUCCUCCACAGGGGCAUGAUUCCAAGUCGGCCGGUCACUUUGGCUUUGUGA